AUGUCAUCCUCCGUCCCCCACCCCCACACCAAACGCGACGACGCACCCCAGCGAGAGUCAUCCGCGGCCUACCCCCUCGCCCAGGCGCUCGACGACAACGACCCGGACCCGGACCCGCCCACCGACUCGCGCGCAGUCCUGAUCGCGCGCUACAGCGUCAACACCCUCUUCUGGACUCUCGCCGUCGUCCUCGUCGCCUUCGCCGCAGUCCAAUGCGACCGCUACCUCGCCCUGCGUCUCCGCGAGGCCCACGCGCGCCCUCGUCCCCCCAUCUACUCCGGCCCCGCGCCCGCGGAAGACAUGCGCGCGCAGCUCGACAGGCUCGUCACGGCCCCCAUCACCCUCGGCGGCGUCGACGUAUACCCCACCGCGCCCAUCUGCCUGCGCUCAGGCUUCGGGCUCCCGGACGCCGGCGACUGGACCGCGCUCGACCGCGGCUCGUCGUGGGGCCACCUUGACUUCACGUGCGAUGCGCGCGCGUACGUCGUCGAUACGGGCUUCGACGCGAAUGUGAGCGCCGAGGUGCACGUCGUGCCGGGGUCGGACGCUACGGUCGAUGUCGCGGCGUCGUACGGCGUCGGAGGGAAGGGGGCGCUGGACGCGUAUGAGGUGUGCAUCUACCGCGCGGACGCCGCCCCGCUUACGGUCGACGUCUUCCGUAUCCAGCGUCGCAUUCCCGUUGGCGCCACUGACACGACCAAGGACGCGAGCUCGAGUGUGCGCUUCAAUGUCACGCUCCAACUCCCGACGCUCACUCGCACCGGCGACGCCAUGCCCCGCGCACUCAGAAUCGGGCGCUACGAGGCCGUCACACUGCAUGCCGGUCUCACAGUGCGCGACCUGGACAUAUACACGCCCGGCAGCGUCCACGCGCAGAGCGGGUUCGCCGCGCGCGGGAUGAGCGUGCGGACGUACGGUCCGAGAGGGAACGUGACGGGCCGUUUCGCCGUCGCGGCUGGGCAUGUUGGUGUGGGGACGUAUGGCGCGGGGGUGGAUGCAAGGUUCGAUGUUACGAGGCGGCAGGGCGAGGACGGGAGGACGAGGAUGGUCGUGCUGGAGGCGUAUGAUGCCCCGCUCAAUGCGAUGCUUAAGCUAGUGGACGAAGCGGCCGACUCGUGCGCGCGAGUCUCAGCAAGCGCCGAUCCGCACUGCAUGCGCUACCGCCCCUUCGCCUUCGACAUCCGCGCGACGUCCUCCAGCCACCCUCAGGAGCUCACCCUCGUCGAAGGCUCGUCCUACCCGCCCGGCAUCACCAUCCACGCGCGCGCCACCGACGCCGCAGCCGUGCUCAGACUCGACUCGUCGUUCAAGGGCACCUACCACUUCCGCACCGCGAAGAACCACUAUGGCGGGGAGAUCAUGAGCAAGGAGGGGGUGCGUGAUCCGGAGGGGCGUGGGAGGGAGAAGGUGAAGAUCAGGGAUGCGAGGACGCAGUAUGGGUAUUUUGGUGCGACGGGGUGGGGGAGUGGGAGGGCUGCGAGGAAGGGGGCUAGUUAUGCUGAGGUGGCGGUGGAUGCGAGUCUCAAGGCGACGACGGAUGGGGAGGGCUGGCUUUGGGAUGGUCGUUUCAACGGGUGA